UUGCAGGGCGCAGGAGUGGUAACUACACGUGGACACGUACGAUUCGUUGUCACUGAAUAUGGAAUUGCGGAUUUAGGAGGAAAAAACAUCCGUCAGAGGGCUUAUGAGCUGAUUAGAAUUGCCCAUCCAGAUGAUCGUCAACAGCUAGAAAAGCAAGCAUUCGAACGUCUAAAAUGCAUGCCCUCUCUUUACUGA